AUGAUGCUUGGGCGCAAGCAGAGCCUCAAGGGGGAACCCAUCCUGGCCGAUUACGGCCCGGAGGAGUCCCUCAAUGAGAGCGCAGACAUUGAAUGGGUGAAUAAGUUCUAUAUUUCACAUAUUAAAAUGAAAUUGAUGAAAAUUAUUUGUUUUGUACAGAGGGACAAAGCGUAUUUGAAAGACCACUGGUGCCAAUUCGACGCGACGAUGGUCCUCUUCCUCUGGUUCUCCGUAAUUUUACAAAUGUUCGAGAUGCUUGGGUUUGUCCCAAAGUUCAGUGCAGCGUCCAUAAUCCGAGCACCACGGCCACUCAUCAUGAUUCGUUUUAUAAGGGUUUUCCUCAAGUUUUCAAUGCCAAAAGCUAGAAUUAAUCAAAUUUUCAAACGUUCGAGCCAACAAAUCUACAAUGUAACUCUCUUCUUCGGCUUCUUCAUGUCCCUGUACAGUCUAUUGGGAGUGCAAUUUUUCGGUGAAUUAACGAAUCACUGUGUAUUGAACACAACAGAUCCGAAUCACAUAACUAUAAAUAGUUUAGCAAUACCUGAUACAUAUUGUUCGACUGAUCCGGAGUCUGGAUAUCAAUGCCCUGAGGGGAUGACCUGCAUGAAGCUGGAGCUAUCCAAGUACAUCAUGGGAUUCAACGGCUUCGAUCAGUUCUUCAUCAGCAUCUUCACGGUUUAUCAAGCAGCGUCUCAGGAGGGCUGGGUUUUCAUUAUGUAUAGAGCAAUCGAUAGUCUUCCCGCUUGGCGAGCAAUUCUGUACUUCAGCACAAUGAUAUUCUUCCUCGCUUGGCUCGUUAAGAAUGUUUUCAUCGCUGUUAUUACCGAGACAUUCAAUGAAAUGCGAGUGCAAUUCCAACAAAUGUGGGGGCUUAGAGGACAAAUUACGAAUACUUCGGAGUCUCAGAUUCUGUACGGUGAUGAGAACGGUUGGAAACUAAUCACUCUCGACGAUACCAAACACGGAGGACUAGCUUCGCCUCUCUGUCAAGCCAUUCUUCGUUCUCCACAAUUUCGAAUGAUCGUGAUGGGUACUAUUAUCGCAAAUGGUCUGACAACUGCCACUAUGAACUUCAAACACGACGAAAGACCCCGAAAUACUUACUACGAUAACUAUUACUACGCUGAAAUAGCCUUCACGAUUUUUCUGGACCUUGAGACACUUUUCAAGAUCUGGUGUCUGGGUUUCAAGAGUUACUUCAAACAUUCUAUUCACAAAUUCGAGCUUCUUCUUGCCAUCGGCACUACUAUUCAUAUUCUACCGUUUUUUUACAUGACUGCAUUCACGUAUUUUCAGGUGUUGAGAGUUGUGAGACUCAUAAAAGCGUCGCCCAUGUUGGAGGACUUCGUUUACAAGAUUUUCGGACCCGGAAAAAAACUCGGUAGUCUUAUUAUUUUCACCAUGUGUUUACUGGUCGUUACUUCAAGCAUAUCUAUGCAACUAUUCUGUUUUCUCUGUGAUUUUACCAAAUUUGAGACAUUUCCAGAGGCAUUCAUGUCUAUGUUUCAAAUCUUGACUCAAGAAGCUUGGGUCGAAGUUAUGGACGAAACGAUGGUCCGAACUCAUCACUUCGUAGCGCCUGUCGUCGCCAUUUAUUUCAUUGGCUACCAUCUCUUCGUCACACUGAUUGUGUUAAGUCUUUUCGUGGCUGUGAUUCUCGACAACUUGGAACUGGACGAGGACAUAAAAAAGGCAAAACAACGAAUUAUCCGCGAACAAAGUGCUGACAUCAAAGAAACACUACCUUUUAGAUUACAAAUAUUCGAACAAUUUGCGGCGAGCCCACAGAUGACUUGUCUUCACAAAGUUCCUUCGGACUUCAAUCUACCAAAAGUUCGUGAAAGUUUUAUGCGACAAUUUGUCCUGGACGUUGAAGACGAGGAGAACGAGGUUGCUAAGAGGAUCAACGAGACAUUUGACUCGAAAAUGGUUUACAGAAAACAGAGGCCAGUAAAGAUUCUGAGUAAUCCGCCGAAAGUUAGAAAUGUUGUAGUUAGUUUGAAGAAAGCGGCUGUUCUCUACAUAAUUAAUGACUCGAAUAAUCAGAGACUACUCUUGGGGGAUUCAGCAAUGAUUCCAGUACCAGGAAAAGGUCUUUUCAAACCCCAAGGUACAGUCAGCAGUGCGAAACAACUCCGCAUAGACCAGAAAAAAUCAAUUCGUAGAAGUGUUAGAAGUGGUUCAAUAAAACUAAAACAAACGUAUGAGCAUUUAGUUGAGAAUGGAGACAUCGGAGCGAUAAAUAGGGUGUCGUCAUCGAGAACUGGGAAGGAAGAAUGGGAUAUGAAAUUGCUACAAGCUAAGAAACAACAGGCAGAGAUGAGGAGAAGUCAGCGAGAGGAUGAUUUGAGGGAGAAUCAUCCUUACUUCGAUACUCCUCUCUUUAUUGUACCACGAGAGGGUAAAUUUCGUAAAAUUUGUCAGCUACUUGUUUAUGCUAGAUACGAUGCGAGACUCAAGGAUCCGCUGACAGGAAAGGAACGGAAGGUUCAGUAUAAAAGUCUUCAUAAUUUUCUCGGGCUAGUUACAUAUUUAGACUGGGUCAUGAUAUGCGCCACAACACUAUCCUGCGUUUCUAUGAUGUUUGAAACCCCAAAGUACAGAGUUAUGGAGAUACCGGCGCUACAAAUCGCUGAAUACAGUUUUGUUAUAUUUAUGAGCAUCGAAUUGGCUUUAAAAAUCCUAGCUGAUGGACUUUUCUUCACUCCCAAGGCUUACAUCAAGGAUGUCGCAUCUGUUCUUGAUGUUUUUAUUUACAUAGAGUUCUUAAGCUUCAAACCUUGAAACUGCAUUUAUCAACUCAAGUAUUUUGAGAGAUUCAUGAUUUAUUGAUUAUUAAAGAUUUAUUGCCCAUAUCUUCUCAUUGUAUCAAUUCUUCUAAUUUUACUAAUUUUCGUCUUCGCAAGUUACGGAGUACAGCUCUACGGUGGCAGACUUGCCCGCUGUAACGAUCCGACGAUAAGAUCACGUGAGGAUUGUGUCGGUGUCUUCAUGAGACGAGUUUUUGUAACGAAAAUGAAGUUAAAACCUGGUCAGAAUGAGAGCUAUCCGUCCAUCCUAGUGCCGCGAGUCUGGGCCAACCCAAAACGCUUCAAUUUUGACAACAUUGGAGAUGCAAUGCUGACAUUAUUCGAGGUUUUGUCGUUCAAGGGUUGGCUGGACGUCAGGGAUGUGCUCAGUAAAUCUUUGGGACCUGUCCAUGCUGUUUAUAUUCAUAUCUACAUUUUUCUCGGAUGUAUGAUUGGACUUACACUCUUUGUCGGUGUUGUCAUUGCCAAUUACUCAGAGAAUAGGGGAACUGCUCUGCUCACUGUUGAUCAGAGACGUUGGUGUGACUUGAAGAAGAGAUUGAAAAUUGCUCAGCCACUGCAUCUGCCGCCCAGACCCGAUGGCAAGAAAUUUCGCGCUUCUAUUUAUGAUAUCACACAGAAUAUAUCCUUCAAGAGGUUCAUUGCACUGAUGGUUGUCUGUAAUAGUGCAUUGUUGGUGGUGUCGUGGGUUAGUGGGGCAGCGUAUCCAGAAUACCUAGCGACAUUCUCCAUGAUAAUGGUCCUAAUAUUCGUCGUCGAAGUAAUAAUGAAAAAUAUCGCAUUCACUCCACGCGGAUACUGGCAAUCCCGACGAAAUCGUUACGAUCUACUCGUGACAGUCGUCGGAGUGACGUGGAUAAUAAUGCACUGCACGAUGAAAAACGAAUUGUCCUAUUCGAUCGGCUACAUGUCAGUGAUUCUGAGAUUUUUCACUAUAACCGGAAAGCACACGACGUUGAAGAUGCUGAUGUUGACAGUGGGUGUAUCCGUCUGCAAGAGUUUCUUCAUUAUCUUCGGCAUGUUUCUUCUCGUGUUUUUUUAUGCUCUUGCUGGAACGAUAAUUUUUGGAACUGUCAAGUACGGAGAGGGAAUCGGGAGAAGAGCGAAUUUUGAAUCACCGGUGACAGGGGUUGCGAUGCUCUUCAGAAUCGUCACCGGCGAGGAUUGGAAUAAAAUCAUGCACGACUGUAUGAUAGAGCCACCUUACUGCACACCAGCUGCCAAUUAUUGGGAGACUGAUUGUGGAAAUUUUCACGCCUCUCUCUUCUACUUCUGCACAUUUUACGUUAUCAUCACGUAUAUUGUGUUGAAUCUACUUGUGGCUAUUAUCAUGGAGAACUUUUCUCUCUUCUAUUCCAAUGAGGAGGAUGCACUCUUAUCAUACGCUGACAUUCGAAACUUCCAGAAUACGUGGAACGUCGUGGACAUCCAUCAGCGAGGUGUGAUACCGGUCAGAAGGGUGAAAUUUAUAUUACGAUUGCUGAAGGGUAGACUGGAAACCGAUCCCCAGAAAGAUAGACUGUUAUUCAAAUACAUGUGCUACGAGCUCGAGAGACUGCACAAUGGGGAGGAUGUCACUUUUCAUGACGUCAUCAAUAUGUUAUCAUACCGCUCGGUAGAAAUCCGAAAAGCACUACAACUUGAGGAGUUAUUGGCUCGUGAGGAGUUCGAGUACAUAAUCGAAGAGGAAGUGGCGAAGCAGACGAUUCGAACGUGGCUGGAAGGGUGUCUCAAGAAAAUUCGAGCAACUGGAAAACAACAGAAUAAUCUCAUUGCGGGUCUCAGAGCCACCAAUGACCUGGCAGUAACUCCUCAGGAUCAUCCGGAGGAGAAGAGCAAAGAGAACAGCGUAGAUCGGGAGGAAGAAUCAGGAGCUAAAGAGACCGAUGGCUCGAGGAAUCGAGGAGGGAAGAGACCAGUUGUAUUACCCAGAUCAGAUAGCAUUGGUAGCAGUUCAGGGAGAAAGUAUCUAGCACCGACAUUAUCAGAUCCUGCCUCCGUCCGCAGUGAGAAGGAGAAACUCGCUGCCACUAAAAAACGUAGUAGCCGGCCAGCACCUCUGGUCAAGAAUAAUUUGCCUUAUUUAACGGAAGGAGCAGAGCAAAAUCGUCAGCCGCGCGAAUCAUCGAACGCAAAAGUAACAGCUCCAAAAAUAUCGAGUGUAACCCAAGAGGUACGAGAAUGGUGGCGUGAACAAUUAGCCUACAGUAGUGAAUCGAGUGAGGAUGAAUUUUGAAAAAUCUCGAUGAAAUUUCCAUGAGUUGAGAAAGUCAUAAAUUUCCACUAAUAGUCGUCCCUCUGGCUGGGGAUAACUCUUUAUUAGAGGAACUGAUGAAUUCGAGGCCCAGUCCGCUGUGGAAGGCGGACCCGCUGUGGUGACAGCCGUCAUUAUCAUUAAGUCAAUGAUUCGACUUGGCUCUUCUUAUCUACUACUCUAUCGCUGUAGAGACGCCCCCUCGAUUAACAUCCAUGACUAAGAACAUAUGAAACUAUUGAAAGGCAGAAAAAAAAAUAACGCACACGAAACAUUUUUUUAUUUCUAAGAGAAAAAAAAAACAAAGUAUUUUAUCAUCGAAAUGUUUUUUCGUGUUUCUGGGUGCCUAAUCACGUGAAUCGAAACAUAAUUCCUUAUCACUAAUUUCAUUUCAUUUUUACCCAUGAUAAAUUGGAUAAUUCAGGGGCGAUGCGGUGAAAUAUUUGUGAUUUCACGUGACAUUUUGUUAAUUGUUGAACGUCCACAGUAAUGUCAAUAAAAAAUAGAAAUAUGAUAAUGUACUCAUUACUCAAAAUUGAGAUCAAUUGAAUUAAGAACGGGUUAAAUAUUCCAGUGUGAGAAGUAAUAAUGUUUUCUCCUUACUUUGAAAUGAAUUAUUAAAAAUAUGAAGCCCGGAAAAAUUUUUCAAUUUAUCUUAUUGUAUCAAGGUAGAAAGAUGAUAUUUUUAUUUAACACCGGAUUUUUCAGAUUAAAAAAUCACAAGUUACUACACCAAUUUCACUUAUUCACCCCUGAAUAAAUAUCCUCAGAUAAAAUAAUCAGAGUGAAUUCGCGAGUAAGAAAUGAAUGACGUCGCGUGAUUGUAGAGACUGCUCGAUAAACAAAUAACAAAGAAAAUUAAACCAACUCAAAUUGAUGUUGAAAAGUAAUGUAGAAUUUGUACGUAG